GUUUGUGGUGAGUUUUCAAACAAUGGAGAACCAACUAAGAAAUUUGUUCAAACAUUUGUUCUUGUUCCUGAGGUUUGUUUUACAUUAAUUUGUUUCCAAAUGAAUAUAGUUUUACUGUUUUAUUAAUUAUCUAAUUAGUAUUGAAUCCCCUAUGUGCUACAAAAUUAAUAUAGCAUGCUGGAUAAUGACUUUCAUUUUUCAAGGCUUUUGGAGUAUUUCAAUAUUGAUGGUUGAAUGGUUCAACUCCAUCAAAUUUUCAUAAUUCUGUAGUUUCAUAUAGAGCACUUUUCAGGGCAUUUUUAAAUUAAUUAACAAAUGCUAUAAAAUGAAUAUGAGUAUUGAAUAAAAAGUAACAGCCAACCUAGCUUUGUUCCUACCCAUUUAUAUACUCUCAUAGAAGUUGCCUCACCACAUCUUUUCCAAUAUUUUAGGGAUUGAAGAAAUAUCACGUCCACAAUGAUAUUUUUCGAUAUCAAGAGGAACGAUUUCCUGAUGAAGUGAGUGAUGAAACAGGUGAUGUAACAAACGGUAAGAACCUGAAUAAUAUCAGACAAAUUUAAAAACAUACAGUAAAAUAUAAUUUAAUAUGGUUAAACAUAUAUUUAAGUGAAAUUCACAGCAGAUGUAUCGUAUCAGGGAGUCUCUAAUGUUAUGUAAGAUCAGGAGUACUUUGUACUUGCAGUUUGUACCCAGGGCCAGGCUUUUAGCCAGAAGGGCAUCCAGGCGUCCUGGGACGCCCCUACAUAGAACGAAAAAUGGAUGCCUUUGGACGCCCAAAUUCCAUGGGAAAAGGGAAAUUAUUUUCAAUUAUUUCCCUAAGUAUAUUAAUAUAUCUGAAACGAAAUAGCUUCAAUUCUCAUUAAAGAAGUUAAGUAAAGAAGCAUAGCAGCACAAACUCACAAAGCCAAGUGUUUUGAAAAAUUUCAAACGAGCUUGGAACAGAUACUGACAUGAAGUAACUAAAAUUCAAAGGUUUUCCAGAGGAACGUUUUUUCGAAACCCCCUCUUGUAGAUGUAUUGUCGUACCAAAAUUGGAUACCCUCUUUCAGGACCCUGGCUAAAAGCCUGCCCAGGGCUGCACCCACUGUAUAUCACCAAAAAUCAGAUGCUCUGCUGCUGAUAACAGUAAUAAAACCAGAGAAAGUGUCUUAUUUCUAGUUUCACUGUUAGUGAUUGACCGAUAAUUGGUAUCGGCAUUGGGCCGAUUUUGCCUUAUCGGUAGACAAUCGCAAUCGAUAUAAUUUUUUAUAUUUCAGAUUGUCUAAAACCGAUUGUUGAGAAAAUACGCACUUUAAAAAUUAUAUACAUUACACGUUGAUACACGUUGCGUUUCAAUGCAAUAUGCUGAAUUAAUGUGUGAAGCGUGCCAUUUAUUAACGGUUUUAACAAUCUUUGGUUGCAGUAACAUGUUACAUUGGAAAUUAUUGUUGAAAAAUUGACAUGAAUGACGUCGUCUUUACUCGGUCGACUGAUAUUAUGACGAUAAUGAUAAAAUCGGUAUUUUAUAAUGAUAAAAUCGGUAUCUGGCAAAUUGUGGCAUGAAUAAUUUGCAAUUUCCGAUUGUUGCACAAUUGGUCAAUCAACGGUUUCGUGGUAACGCUGCUUUUUUAGAAUUUCAAGCACUUAAAUUUUAGAUAAUAAUGUAAUCCAAAAACAUUUGCAAUAAAGUAUACAUUGCAUCGCAUUACAUUAUAUUACGUUACGUUACAUUACAUUACUGUACAUAAUAUUAGUCAUUACAUUACAUUAUUACAUUAAUUUAAUAAAGUACAGCACAGUUAAACUAAAUUCUUUGCACACUGCUAGAACCCAGCAGAUACACAAUGAAAGUUGGGCGUACAUGUUGUGCUAAAUUAACUCAAGAUUUCGCUAACACCAUCAGAUGUAGUUUGAUAGUACAUCAAUGAAUGGAGUUUGAUAGUAGAACUUGGAACAUUUUUCUCGUUUAUUUUAUAGUUUUUAUACAUGUGAUGCUGUGCAUUGUAACUUAAUUUGUGGAAGAAAAUGAUUUAUUUUCCAAGGGGCCAAACCCUUUAACCUAUUAUCCAAUACUAUUGUAAGCAUAAAUAACCAAAGUUAGAUGAGAAAUACAAGACAUUUUUAAAUCAUAACUUAUUGUAUUUCGUAAACUCUUUACAGGUAAACUACGUGAAGCGUUCCUCUUUGGAGUUUCUAAAUUGAUUGCAAUUUUCCUCAUUACUUUUGCAAUUUAAGAAACUCCCUUGCAAAUCCCUUGAGGAAAUUUGCAAUGUUGCCAAAAGCCAUUUAAAUUUUCCUCAGUUCCUGUUAGAAGUUCCUAACUUCCUGUUAAAAGUUCCUAACUUCCUGUUCUGUUCUGUUCUGUUCUACGCGUUGCAAUUGGCUAACAAAAAUAAUCGACCAAUAACAACGCUCAGAACAGUACAGGAAGUUAGGAAAUUAAAACAGGAAGUUAGGAAAAUUUAAAAUGAAGUUUGUUGGAUUGGAAUAUUACAACUGCCGAUAGGAACAUUGCAAAUUCCCUCAAGGGAUUUGCAAAGAGUUUUUCAAAUUUGCAAACCUAAUGAGGAACAUUCCAAAUGAGUUACGAAGUCAAAAGAGGAACGCUUCACGUAGUUUACCUGUAAAUCUUUCCAAAGUGUUAUAUACUUACUAGAGGUGUGCAUCGGAUCGGAUUGGACGUUUAUAAUCCGACAAUUGCCUAAUGUUUAAGAUCCGAUCCGAAAUUGUCUAAUCCGGAUCCGAUCUUUCUCAUUCAAGUUGAAGUAUUUAACCAAAUAAAUAUAAAAGCAAGAAAUACAUGUCAAGAAGCUGACAAAGUGACGUCCAAUUGAAGUAUCAAACGAAUAAUGCUUUGAUAAAUGCAUGGAUAAUUAAUUCUUGCGAUAAUGCGUGAAUAAUUCAUUCAUUUUAUUUCGGAUAUCGAAGUCCGAUCCGACUACGAAACAACAACUUUAUCAAUCCGAUCCGAAAUUAAUAUUUGGUUCCGAAAUUAAUAUUUGGUUCCGAAAUCCGAACGGAUCGGAUCGGUUUCGGAUCGGAUUUGCACACCUCUAAUACUUACCAAAUAGAUAAGAUUUUGCCGUUGUCUGUUCAGUUAUAGAUACAGUAUGACGUCAUAAUGUGGAAAGAAAAAAGUGGUCACGAGGCGAGUGGGUCACUCUUUUGUUCUUCCCACAUUAUGACGUCAUGGUGUGUAUCUAAACUGAACAGACGACGGCAAAAUCGUAUCUAUUUGUUUUAUAUAAUAAAAAGAAAAAGCUCGAAUUAAACAGGUAAAUUUUACAAAUACGAUGCGUACAUGAUCUAUACAAAUAAAUAAGGGAAAGCUAUUGGCUACCUUAAUUGUGACGGAAUUACGUGCGUCUGUCCUCUAAUAGAUCAUGGCUCUUGGCCAAUGAAAGCGCUUGAACUCAAAAAGUUAUUAUGUAGACAGUUUGAAUUCCUAUAGCGUUCUUCAUAAUGUUUUAUGACUUUAAUUACUUUGUUACUUUUUUAUAUUUUAUCAUUUUAAACUGAUAUACAAGUCCUCUGCUGAAAUCAGUACUUUAUAUAUAUGGAAGUAGACCUAUUAUGAAUAUUUAUAAUAAUUUGCCUGUGUAUAAAUUAUGUCGUCAAUUCUCUGCUUACCCCCUGACAGUUAUUCAUUUCAGGCAUGCUUCAGGGGGUGGGGUUAUUGGAAUGGGGAACCUAAUAGGGAAAAUGCUAUUUUGUUACGUUUGUUCUUUUCAGAGUCUGAAGUUGAUGAUGAAGUAAUUGAUGAACGACCUUUGGAAAACAAAUCAGACAACUUUAACAACCUGGUGAAUCAUGUCAAUGAACAAACUGCAGCUGUUAGUUUUUCUGAUGAGAAUGGGCAAAAAGUCAGGUAGCUACAAUGAAAAAAUAUAAACAGUUUAAGAAUGAAUGUACAAAUAAUAUUUUAAUUGAUAAGUUAACCUAACGAAAUGUAAUGGUGGCUUGAAGCUCGCCAGGCAUCUCACUUCGUAUAAAACUUGUAGACUAUGUACAACAGAGCUGGGUUUAUAAAUAAAUUAAACAGUGUUUGUGAUAUUUUCAGUCCUAUGACAAAUGGAUCAAGCGAUACGGAUACCGAGGUGGAGAAUGACGAAAAACUUGUUGAAGCAGAACUUGAAGAGGUUGUUGUUGAGAAACCUGUAAGUACAAAUUCUUAUCCUAUUGUUAGAGAAUGCAUAGACUUUUCAUCCUUACCGGGUGCAAGAUGGAUAUCAAAGGGAUAUCAGAUACAUGCGCUAGGAUAAGAAUCGUAUACGACUAGUCGUAUCAUAUAAAUGGGCCUAUAUACGCAGAUGUCAGAAAGAGUGGACAAUUAUUUUUAUAUGUAUAGUAAAAUUUCAGAAGAUCUGUGAGUUUAAAGCACAACAAAUGAAAUUAUUCUUGACUCUUGUCUAUGACUAACAUUCUUGAGAUUUCGAUGUGAAAAGACAUUUUAUUAAUAAUUUGGCAAUUUGUUUCAUAUUUUUAAAAAAGUAAAUUUUCACAGGCUCCCCAUGAACCAGCUCCCAUAACUUACCCAGAAGAAAACCAAACAGAUUCCAACGUUUUUGAGAACACUGUGCAAGAUACUAACCCUGACGAUGAAGUUGUCCAACCUGCAGUUGAGCCGCCGGAUGAAAUUGAACAGGAACCUGAACCAGAACCAGAACCAGAACCCGAGCCUGAGCCAGAACCCGAGCCAGGUAUUUAUUUUUAAGGUCAAUAGAGACAACAAGGGUCUGUUUAUAUGGAAACCAGGCUGGCCCACUUAGUGAGAAAGCCCGACAAGCGUGUUGAAUUUCUCUUGUGUUUCAUCCCGCUUGUCAGGACAAUUUUGUUAUUUUGACAUUAUUUUGACAGUUGUUAAAAAUAAGCCCGGCUCACGUAAUAUACAACAUAGAUUGCGUUUGUACAGAGUUCGCAUUGGUAACAUUAGUUUCUGUAUUUUGCGCAGGCAUGCAUGCAUGCAUGAACUUUCGUCUGAAAGUCAACGGAAUAAUUGAUGGAAGAUAUAGGUCACAUUCACCACAAUUCUUCUAUUUUGAAACCCCAGAAAGAUUGAUUUACGAAACUUGAUUAAACAUCGAUUUUUACCACCGUAUACCAGUAGUAGAACAGUUUACUGUACAUGUACUGUAUCUGCUGCGCUUGCCUGUCUGGGACGCCACGUCUUCCCAAAUAUAUAAAACGUUAUUGUUAUCGUCAUGCAAAUUAUGAAACAACGAAUACCAUAGUUACGACUGCGGUUUUAUGUGAAAUAAUUAUACUUAAUAAUUAUUAUCAUUCACUUUAUAGUAUUCUCAAUUUUUAUUGGUUAAUUUACAUGCAAAUAGCCUAACUGUGUGCAAAUGUCGAUCAGGUGCAAAUAACUGGUGCAAAUACUUCAUUGAGCAUGCGCACUUUGAAAAUGAUUCGUCUGCUUUUGGCAACAAAAAAUUUUAUUGCUUCAUCUGAAAGAGCAUAGAAAAAUAAGUCGAUUGGCCGUUUAAUGCUCUAUUCUAUCUCAUCUAGUUCCGAAGUUAUACGCAAAAAUGUGCAAAAUAUAAGUUGCUGAUUCAGCACAAGGUGUGACGUCAUUGGUUGGGUAAGUAUGUUUAAUGAAUACUAAACUGAAGCAUAGCUCAGUUAUUAUGGACCCAAAUCAAAUGAAAUUUUGCAUACUGAUUGUACAUGAGGGAGACGCAUUGAAAAACACUUCCAAUGUUGUAGCCAAGGUAACAAUGUCGUUCUCAGGCCCCUUGCGCCAAUUUUAUAAAACGGCUUUAUUCAUGGUACUUAUAAGAAUAAAGUAAUAUCAGAAGUAUGUGUACCAUACCUAUGCAUGCCAAAAGUUUACUUGCAUGAUAAUAAUUCGAAAAUGACAUACACAUAGAUAAAUGCAACUAGUUAUUCAAAAUCAGUGUAAGGGGCCUGGGAACGACUGUGUUGCCUUGACAACUAAAUUAGAAGUAUUUUCCCAUGCGUCUCAUCAUGUACUAUCUGUAUGCAAAAUUUCAUUUGAUUUGAGCCAACAAUAACUGAGCUAUGCUUCAGUUUACUAUUCAAUAAACAUACUUACCCUACCAAUGAUGUCACACGUUGUGCUGAAUCAGCAAUUUAUAUUUUGCACAUUUUUGCGUAUAACUUCGGAACCAGAUGAGAUAGAAUAGAGCAGUAAACGGCCAGUCGGCUUAUUUUUUCAUGCUCUUUCAGAUAAAGCAAUAAAACAUUUUAUUGCCAAUGUUCUUUAAAUUAAAAAAUAUCAACUUCUCUUUUGAAAUGUCAACAUGGCUCGUUUGCCGAGCUAUCGGAAAGCGAUUUGUCACCUUUACUGGAGGAAAAGGAUGCCGAAAACACAAAAAAGGCAACAAAAGUGAAAUUGUUUAUAUAUAUUAUGCUUGAUUUUAUAAAAAUCACAAUUUUUGUGCUGCAAUACAGUGUCAGACUAUGGUCAGACUAAAUUAUACCUUUUCCGUUGACUGUUCUAGUAUAUUUGUUAUUAAACUUGUGCCAAUAAUAAUCUGUAAAUGAUAAAACAAUUAUUGAACUUGGUUGUCGCAAAAUAUCGUGAUUUAUCAGUGGCUCACAGAUCAAUUAUUUGCCUCUGCCUUCGGCAUCUUCAAAUAAUUGAUCUGCUCGGCACUGAUAUAUUCUAAGGUUGCAUGUUGUGAACAACUGUUGUAGUGAUGAUUAUUUUGCACACUGCUAGAACCCAGUAGAUACACAAUGAAAGCUGGGCGUACAAUUUGUGCUAAAUUAAUUCCGAGAUUUCGCUAACACCAUCAGAUGUUUGUGCAUCAAUGAAUGGGGUUUGAUAGUAGAACUUGGAACAUUUACCUUAUCUUGCAUCUCACGUUGUAACUAUGUUUAUUACAUUUUAUUUGUUUAUUAUUAUAUUAUUUAAUUUUGAUAUAUCUAUGCCCUUGUGAUACAAAUCAUGAAUGGGUGUUGGGAGAUUCUAUGGCACAGCAACUAUACUGCACGCGUACCUUUAUCUCUGCGACUAGGAUUUGAUUAUUUCUUCUAGUUAACCCAUACUGGAAGAUUAGGGUAAACUGUAGACAAAACUGAUAAAACUGUGCAAUAUAUAUAUGACUAUAUUUUAUAGUUUAGUUUGGAUUGGUUUGGUUUAGUACUGUAUACAGUAGCUAAUUUAACUGAUUCAGCUUGUUCAGAACCUCGAUCUAUAUGCAGGAUGCCAUAUUUUCUUUUAAAAUUUCCAGAGCCAUCCGGUCCUGUGUCAUGGGCUGCGAUGGCGGCUAGCAAGACACCCAAGCCAAAUUCUCAAGGUUCGCGCCCAUAUGAAGCAAAGAAGACAUCUGUGGUAAGUUUACAUGGCUAUAUAUAUAUAUAUAUAUAUAUAUAUAUAUAUAUAUAUAUAUAUAUAUAUAUAUAUAUAUAUAUAUAUAUAUAUAUAUAUAUAUAUACAUAUAUAUAUAUACAGUAUAUUAAUUAAUAUUUAUGUAUAUAUAAAGUUCAUAAAUUUAAGUACAAAGCAGAUAUUUUCAUAUUUGGCUUUUGCCCUGUGGGCUUUUGUAAACAUGAUGUGUUGAUACUAUACUAAGACCUGACACAAUAUAACGCGCUGCAUAUUUGCACACUGCUAGAACCCAGUAGAUACACAAUGAAAGCUGGGCGUACAUGUUGUGCUAAAUUAUAACUCCAAGAUUUCGCUAACACCAUCAGAUGUUUGAACAUCAAUGAAUGGGGUUUGAUAGUAGAACUUGGAACACUUUCCUUUUUUUAUACAUGUCAAGCUGUGCAGUGUACUGAGUGUAGUUUUGUGUAUAGUACAGAAUGUGGAAAAAAUCAUCUAUGUGCCAAGGUUUAAAAGAAGCAUCGAUAACCACAUUUAGAUGGGAAAUCCAUUUUUACAUCAUAACAAGCUGUAUUUUUAAGCUCUUUGAAUCUUUCCAAAGUAUAAUAUACUUUUCUAUAGCGUCAAUGAAUGGAAUUUAAUACUUGGAAUAUUUUACUUUUUCCUGCAUGUUAUAAGUUAUUAGGGUAAAUAGCUGGUGAACGUGCACAAGAUGCAGAUUAAAACUCUGGAUGCAAGUCCUGGGUGCAAGUACCGAGUGGAAAAUUAUAUUCUUAUCGGCCAUAUUGGGAUCUUCCUGUGAACGAGGCAUUUCAUGGGCAAACAUAAUGCACACAUACAGUAUCAGACAAAAUAUAAAAAAAUUGUUUCUCAAUGCUUACGAAUUUUAAAUUCAGUUAAUUAUGUUUGUGAGUGUGCAUCCACACCGGGCAAGCUGAAACGUUAUCCUCACCACAGUGGGGAAUCGAACCCCCGACCUUUGGGAUACAGUAGAGUUUUGAGGCCGAGCAAUCAGUCCAGGUAUACAUAUAUAUGUCAAUGGUAUUUAAUAAUUAUUCGCCGAAGGCGAGGUGAUUAUCGAGGUGAAUAUUUCCCGAUAAUCACCGAGCCUGAGGCGAAUAAUUGUUUUAGUAUUUUUACACAAGUCUUUUGUGUUUUUUUUUGGGACUGAAUUUAUUUUAAUUCCGCUUAUUUCUUUAUCAGUAACUUUCACAAAACGGCUAGCCGCCAUUUUGCAAAUUUCAGUUUUGUUAUAUUCACCUGCAGGUGAGUAUAACAGCUUAUACGUCAAAUUUGACCAAUCAACUUGUAGGAUUUGUUAUAUUCACUUGUGCAAAAAUACUAAAUACUGAUAUUCUGCUUCAGAUACCUUCAGCUCAUGAACCUGCCAUGAAAUCACAAUCACAACGUAUUAGUGCAGGCAACCGAGGAAGUAUUGGAUCAAAUAAUGCUGGAUCUAAGGAUCGUUUUAGUGGCAGGAAUGCUCCUGAUAAUUGUCAAGUCUUCAUUGGUAAUCUUCCAAAUGGCCUUGGUGAAAAACAAGUACAAGAUGUGUUUUCAA